UCUGGACGUUACGGACUGCACUCCGGAUUUCUUGGGUUAUUUCUAUGUGUAAAUAAUGCUUUGUCUUUAAUUUCCCUUCACAGCAAACAACACAACAGGAUAUAAAGCCAAGUAAGACUCGCCGUGAUGGUUUAGAAGCGAUUGUUGUUGCAGUGCUUGAGAACUGGUGGGACUGAAUGCCUUUCAGUUAUAACGAUAAGUAUUACGACCUAUUAAACCCAGCUUUAAACCUCUGUCUAGAGCAAGAAAGUUCACAUCUGGUGACCUGACUUUUUUCUCUUCAUUGCAUAAUGCAAGAAAAUUCUGCCGGGAAGUCCGACGGUCUGAAACGAAAAGCCCUAAACGCCGCUCUGGACGGCGUUUUUACACACAACGCACGCUUUAUACGCCGUCGAAACCCUGAGGAAUUCGGACCCUCUUGGCUUGCCAUAGAAAUGACCAGAGUAAGCCAUCCGCUCCAAGAGCCUCUUGGCUUACCGUAGAGUUCUGACGGAGGGCGGCUGCGGUCAGUCAGCUCAGUGUGAGUUGACCGGGUGUAAAGGAGCAGUGGAUGGAGCAAGACCGGAUAGUUACUGUGCUGAUGUUGAAGAUGUAUUAUGGCUUGUGCUCAACAAGGUGCUGCUGAAUACCUUACAAAUAAAUGGGCAGAUCUGGUGACUAAUCUACAAAACCUUCCUCUCAUCAUCGAUAAUCUCUGUCAGCACAAGGUAUUCGGUGUCCAUCAACUUGAUGCUCUCAAAGCAGAGAAAACAGAUUUUGACAAAGCAAGAUUUAUAUUGGGCUUUGUCAUUACACAAGGGGAUGAAGCCAGUUAUGAGUUACUCAGGAUCCUCGAUGUCACCAGGAAAAGGACAUUACAUCAAGAUUUACACAUCUGGAUCAGCUAUUUCCCCUUUGGGGAAGAGGUUGAAACCAGCUACAGUGUUGGUACGGAGCCCUGUCAGAACUACCAGAGAGAGCUUAAAGAAAAAGCUAAAACCAUUCUUAAGAGACAGUGGAAGCAGCAAAAUGAUUACCUCAACUACAAGACAGAAGACUUCACUUACUUAUAUAUACCUGUAGUCCUUGACACAGACACAGAGGUGAACUCUGCACAAAAUAAAAUUAAAAUGAAAAACAGGAAGUGCAAGAAACUGCGUCACAAAAAACUAAGGAGCUACAUUCCUGAGCAGAAACAGAUACUCGCACCUGAAGACCUUCUGAACAGUCAUGAAAAGACAGUCCUGCUUAUAGGAAAACCUGGAAUAGGAAAAACAUCAGUCAUCCACAAAAUGCUGUUCCUCUGGUCCCAAAAAGACAACAGAGAAUUAGACUACAUGUUUUACUUUGAUGAGGCUACACUAAGCCAGAUCUCUAACCCCAUGUCCUUGGAAUCUCUUCUGUUUGGUCUGUAUUGCAAACCACUGGAAAAAGAUAAAAAGGAAGUUUUGCAGGAUAUCGACGAAAACUCUGAGAAUGUUAUCAUUGUGUUUGAUGGCAUCAGUACUUUACAGAACAACCAAUCUUUACAGAAGAUCAUGAACCAGGACCUUCCUGAGGCGAAGAUUGUGCUGACAUGCAGAUCAGAGUUGGAAGAUGAUUCCUUUUUGUCAAUCAGGUCUCCACGUAAGGUCUAUGUUCAGGGGUUCAGUAAAGAGUCUGUCUGUAAAUACUUUGAACAGGUGAUGGGUUCUGAUUCAGAGUUCCUGAGUUUAGUGUUGAACAAUCAAGAACUGGUCAGUCUUUGUCAUGUCCCAAUGUAUGCAUUCAUGGUGGCAGCCUGCAUGUCUUUCAGAAACCCAACAUCUCCCAAGUGUCCGCUGACCGUUACAGAAAUGUUUGUCCAAAUCCUCCGUCAAGACUUGAAAAAAGCUGGAAACAAAAAAAAUAGUGAACUUGAUGAGUAUAUAAAAGCCACCAGACCUCGAUUAACUUCCCUGAUGGAAAGUGCCUUUAACGCAACAAUGCAGAAAGCUGUAAACCUAUCAAACAUUGACAGAGUUGAUACUGAAAUCAGUAAAGUUUUACUGAAAAAAAUAACAAUUAAAGACACUCCCACCUCCGUAGAACAGUACCAUGCAUUUCUGCACAAUACAGUCCAGGAAUUCUUCUCUGCAAUGUGGCUGCUUGGAAAUCCAGAUGAGAUGGUCAAGGUUCUCCAACUUUGUUACACAGAAAAGCGAAAACACCUGAAACACACAAUUCCUUUCCUCUGUGGACUUCUGUUUUUGUUAAAACAGAAUCCCAAACUGCUGAAAAGUUUCUUCUUCGAGGAUCAAAUCAAAAGAGCAUCUGAUUAUGCACUCUUCAGAAAUUUCAUGAACACUUUGUUUCAGCUUCAGUCAGAUGGAGAGCUUAUGGAUGAUGAUGAAGAUGUUGAUGCUGUCUUUGUGUGUCAGUGCCUGUAUGAGUCUCAGUCACCUGAUGCUUGCUUGCUGUUCCUGGAGAAAGUGAACUAUCAUCUUGACUUGAGUGGAAAUGAGCUUGAUCCACAUCAGUGCUGUGCUGUGUCUUAUGUGAUCAGCCAGUCCAAUGAAAGACAGGUUCAUCUGAGCUUGGAGGACUGCAGUGUAUCUGACGCUGGGAUCCAGAUGAUUCUCAGAAUAGCACCACAUCUUAGGUGCGAGUCUUCAACCCUGUCGGUGUUGGGUUGUGAGAGACCACAUUUCACAACUAUACUGGAUGCUGGUGGGAGACAGAUGCAUCUUCCUGUUCUUGGUGAAGGAUUCAUGUUUAGAAAGGCUGGAAAGAUCAUAAGAGAAAGUUCAGAGAAAAUCAGCCUCCAUCUACACUUUGAAGAAGACUCACAGCAGCUCAGUGAAGACCUCUGCUGCAUGAUUUUCCAGAGACUUCCACAGAUCAACUCCCUAAGAUUCAGAUCUCCACAGAGUGAGAGUGAUGAGUGGAGAAAGAGAGUGAAUUCAUUCCUCAUGGAUCUGUGUCUGCAAGCAGCUCUAUAUCAGAAAGAGGACCUUCACCCAACUGUAAAAAGGCUGAUGUCAUGCGCUUCUGCUGAAGAAGGAGAGUUUCUGCUGGAUCUGUUCUCACGUGUGAAGAACUAUGAGACUCAGACAGGCAGGAAUGUUCUUCCAGCAUUACAGCCAGUUUACCAGUCGGCUCCUGCAGUCUGGAUCAUAAACCUCUCAGAGAGAAAGAGCUCCCUCUUCCUAGAAGUGCUGAAACUCCAAACAGUGAAGAAACCAGUAGAGCUGACAGGCUGGUCAGAUGAAGAGAGUGAAGUGAGGAGUUUCCUUCAGUGUCUGUCCUACAUCUCCCGGCUGAGAUUCAGAUCUCCACAGAGUGAGAGUGAUGAGUGGAGAAAGAGACGGAAUUCAUUCCUCAUGGAUCUGUGUCUGCAAGCAGCUCUAUAUCAGAAAGAGGUCAUUUACACAACUGUAAAGAGGCUGAUGUUAUGCGUCUGUGCUGAAGAAGGAGAGUUUCUGCUGGAUCUGUUCUCACAUGUGAAGAACUAUGAGACUCAGACAGGCAGGAAUGUUCUUCCAGCAUUACAGCCAGUUUACCAGUCAGCUCCUACAGUCUGGAUCAUAAACCUCUCAGAGAGAAAGAGCUCCCUCUUCCUAGAAGUGCUGAAACUCCAAACAGUGAAGACACCAGUAGAGCUGACAGGCUGGCCAGAUGAAGAGAGUGAAGUGAGGAGUUUCCUUCAGUGUCUGCCCUACAUCUCCUGGCUGAGAUUCAGAUCUCCACAGAGUGAGAGUGAUGAGUGGAGAAAGAGACGGAAUUCAUUCCUCAUGGAUCUGUGUCUGCAAGCAGCUCUAUAUCAGAAAGAGGUCAUUCACACAACUGUAAAGAGGCUGAUGUCAUGCGCUUCUGCUGAAGAAGGAGAGUUUCUGCUGGAUCUGUUCUCACAUGUGAAGAACUAUGAGACUCAGACAGGCAGGAAUGUUCUUCCAGCAUUACAGCCAGUUUACCAGUCAGCUCCUGCAGUCUGGAUCAUAAACCUCUCAGAGAGAAACAGCUCCCUCUUCCUAGAAGUGCUGAAACUCCAAACAGUGAAGAAACCAGUAGAGCUGACAGGCUGGCCAGAUGAAGAGAUUGAAGUGAGGAGUUUCCUUCAGUGUCUGCCCUACAUCUCCUGGCUGAGAAUUUCUUCUAAGUCGUACAUCAGCAACGGCAUCCAGAUGUUUCUGGGUUUGUUGAUUAAAGCAGCAGAGAGUGAGAGACAGACAGGAGAGAAGACCCUGGAGCUGUUAACAUCAGUGUGCACUUACAGCUCUUUUCCUUAUGGACAUACUUACAGCUCUUUUCCUUAUGGAUCCACUCAAAGCUCUAAACAGAGAGAGUUUCUGCUGGAUCUGUUCUCACAUGUGAAGAACUAUGAGACUCAGACAGGCAGGAAUGUUCUUCCAGCAUUACAGCCAGUUUACCAGUCGGCUCCUGCAGUCUGGAUCAUAAACCUCUCAGAGAGAAAGAGCUCCCUCUUCCUAGAAGUGCUGAAACUCCAAACAGUGAAGAAACCAGUAGAGCUGACAGGCUGGUCAGAUGAAGAGAGUGAAGUGAGGAGUUUCCUUCAGUGUCUGUCCUACAUCUCCCAGCUGAGAAUUUCUUCUCAGUCGUACAUCAGCAACGGCAUCCAGAUGUUUCUGUGUUUGUUGAUUAAAGCAGCAGAGAGUGAGAGACAGACAGGAGAGAAGACCCUGGAGCUGUUAACAUCAGUGUGCACUUACAGCUCUUUUCCUUAUGGACAUACUUACAGCUCUUUUCCUUAUGGAUCCACUCACAGCUCUAAACAGAGUGAGUUUCUGCUGGAUCUGUUCUCAUAUGUGAAGAACUAUGAGACUCAGACAGGCAGGAAUGUUCUUCCAGCAUUACAGCCAGUUUACCAGUCGGCUCCUGCAGUCUGGAUCAUAAACCUCUCAGAGAGACAGAGCUCCCUCUUCCUAGAAGUGCUGAAACUCCAAACAGUGAAGAAACCAGUAGAGCUGACAGGCUGGUCAGAUGAAGAGAGUGAAGUGAGGAGUUUCCUUCAGUGUCUGCCCUACAUCUCCCAGCUGAGAAUUUCUUCUCAGUCGUACAUCAGCAACGGCAUCCAGAUGUUUCUGUGUUUGUUGAUUAAAGCAGCAGAGAGUGAGAGACAGACAGGAGAGAAGACCCUGGAGCUGUUAACAUCAGUGUGCACUUACAGCUCCUUUCCUUAUGGAGAUACUCACAGCUCCAUUUCUUAUGUAUACAGUCACAGCUCUUUUCCUUAUGGACAUACUUACAGCUCUUUUCCUUAUGGAUCCACUCAAAGCUCAAAACAGAGAGAGUUUCUGCUGAAUCUGUUCUCACAUGUGAAGAACUAUGAGACUCAGACAGGCAGGAAUGUUCUUCCAGCAUUACAGCCAGUUUACCAGUCGGCUCCUGCAGUCUGGAUCAUAAACCUCUCAGAGAGACAGAGCUCCCUCUUCCUAGAAGUGCUGAAACUCCAAACAGUGAAGAAACCAGUAGAGCUGACAGGCUGGUCAGAUGAAGAGAGUGAAGUGAGGAGUUUCCUUCAGUGUCUGUCCUACAUCUCCCAGCUGAGAAUUUCUUUUCAGUCGUACAUCAGCAACGGCAUCCAGAUGUUUCUGUGUUUGUUGAUUAAAGCAGCAGAGAGUGAGAGACAGACAGGAGAGAAGACCCUGGAGCUGUUAACAUCAGUGUGCACUUACACCUCUUUUCCUUAUGGAUCCACUCACAGCUCUAAACAGAGAGAGUUUCUACUGGAUCUGUUCUCACAUGUGAAGAACUAUGAGACUCAGACAGGCAGGAAUGUUCUUCCAGCAUUACAGCCAGUUUACCAGUCGGCUCCUGCAGUCUGGAUCAUAAACCUCUCAGAGAGAAAGAGCUCCCUCUUCCUAGAAGUGCUGAAACUCCAAACAGUGAAGAAACCAGUAGAGCUGACAGGCUGGCCAGAUGAAGAGAGUGAAGUGAGGAGUUUCCUUCAGUGUCUGCCCUACAUCUCCCAGCUGAGAAUUUCUUUUCAGUCGUACAUCAGCAACGGCAUCCAGAUGUUUCUGCGUUUGUUUAUUAAAGCAGCAGAGAGUGAGAGACAGACAGGAGAGAAGACCCUGGAGCUGUUAACAUCAGUGUGCACUUACAGCUCUUUUCCUAAUGGAUUCACUCACAGCUCUGAACAGAGUGAUUUUCUGCUGAAUCUGUUCUCACAUGUGAAGAACUAUGAGACUCAGACAGGCAGGAAUGUUCUUCCAGCAUUACAGCCAGUUUACCAGUCGGCUCCUGCAGUCUGGAUCAUAAACCUCUCAGAGAGAAAGAGCUCCCUCUUCCUAGAAGUGCUGAAACUCCAAACAGUGAAGAAACCAGUAGAGCUGACAGGCUGGUCAGAUGAAGAGAGUGAAGUGAGGAGUUUCCUUCAGUGUCUGUCCUACAUCUCCCAGCUGAGAAUUUCUUCUCAGUCGUACAUCAGCAACGGCAUCCAGAUGUUUCUGUGUUUGUUGAUUAAAGCAGCAGAGAGUGAGAGACAAACAGGAGAGAAGACCCUGGAGCUGUUAACAUCAGUGUGCACUUACAGCUCCUUUCCUUAUGGAGAUACUCACAGCUCCAUUUCUUAUGUAUACAGUCACAGCUCUUUUCCUUAUGGAUCCACUCAAAGCUCUAAACAGAGUGAGUUUCUGCUGGAUCUGUUCUCACAUGUGAAGAACUAUGAGACUCAGACAGGCAGGAAUGUUCUUCCAGCAUUACAGCCAGUUUACCAGUUGGCUCCUGCAGUCUGGAUCAUAAACCUCUCAGAGAGAAAGAGCUCCCUCUUCCUAGAAGUGCUGAAACUCCAAACAGUGAAGACACCAGUAGAGCUGACAGGCUGGUCAGAUGAAGAGAGUGAAGUGAGGAGUUUCCUUCAGUGUCUGCCCUACAUCUCCCAGCUGAGAAUUUCUUCUCAGUGGUACAUCAGCAGCGACAUCCAGAUGUUUCUGCGUUUGUUGAUUAAAGCAGCAGAGAGUGAGAGACAGACAGGAGAGAAGACCCUGGAGCUGUUAACAUCACUGUGCACUUACAGCUCCUUUCCUUAUGGAUCCACUCACAGCUCUAAACAGAGAGAGUUUCUGCUGAAUCUGUUCUCACGUGUGAAGUACUAUGAGACUCAGACAGGCAGGAAUGUUCUUCCAGCAUUACAGCCAGUUUACCAGUCAGCUCCUGCAGUCUGGUUCAUAAACCUCUCAGAGAGAAAGAGCUCCCUCUUCCUAGAAGUGCUGAAACUCCAAACAGUGAAGAAACCAGUAGAGCUGACAGGCUGGCCAGAUGAAGAGAGUGAAGUGAGGAGUUUCCUUCAGUGUCUGCCCUACAUCUCCCAGCUGAGAAUUUCUUUUCAGUCGUCUAUCAGCAAUGACAUCCAGAUGUUUCUGCAUUUGUUGAUUAAAGCAGCAGAGAGUGAGAGACAGACAGGAGAGAAGACCCUGGAGCUGUUAACAUCAGUGUGCACUUACAGCUCUUUUCCUUAUGGAGAUACUCACAGCUCUAAACAGAGAGAGUUUCUGCUGGAUCUGUUCUCACAUGUGAAGAACUAUGAGACUCAGACAGGCAGGAAUGUUCUUCCAGCAUUACAGCCAGUUUACCAUUCGGCUCCUGCAGAGUGGAUCAUAAACCUCUCAGAGAGAAAGAGCUCCCUCUUCCUAGAAGUGCUGAAACUCCAAACAGUGAAGAAACCAGUAGAGCUGACAGGCUGGUCAGAUGAAGAGAGUGAAGUGAGGAGUUUCCUUCAGUGUCUGCCCUACAUCUCCCAGCUGAGAGGAGCUGAGCUGUGUAUCCGAUCUCUGUGUAAAGUGAUGCAUUCCAGAGAGGAGGUAGAGCAGGUGGCUCUUCUGCUCCAGGCUCUGAACUUCACCGUCUCUCUGGGAGGAAAGUUAUCCACUUCCAGCUGCAGGUUUGUGGGGAGAGUGCUGGGCCUCUCAGCCUCCACCCUCAACCUCACUCUAAACCCACAAUCCAUCUCUCUCAGAGGAUCCAGACUUCUCUUCAGACACAUCUCACACCUACAGACUCUCAGGCUGGAUGGUGCUAUGAUGGUGAAAGUGGUGCGAGCGUUGAGAGCACUGAGAGCUUCUACUUCAGUGACUGUUGAGGAGCUUUCACUCAUCCUGAGCAGAAGACAGCGGUCAGAGGGGGAGCUGUCCAGGGUCCUGAGCAGCUUGUCUUCUCUCCUGAGACUCUGGAAUGUCCAGUGUGUGAACCUGACUGAACACACGAUGGAGGUUCAGCCUCUCACUGUCCUACUUUGUCACAAGGGCUCUCUGACCAUCAGGCUGUCUAAAGAGACUCUCCAGCAGUUGGUUCUUGUGGUGUAUGAGACUCAAGAGGAGGAGUUUACCCGCUGUUUCCUGCAGAAAGUGGGUGGAGAUCUGACUUCCUGCUCUCUGAACUGGGACGUGAUUCACUAUUUCCUGCAGUUUCAUCCCGUCAGUGUGGACUUUAGGAAGAGCAACAUUAAUCAGCAGAACAUCAGAGAACUUGUGUCUGUACUGGACAGAAUUCAGCUCAGAUGUGUUGACAGGCUGCUGUUGCUGAAGCUGCUCCACUGCUGCAGUGUUUCUGAGGGAAAAACAGCAGCAGUUCUGCUCUCUGCUCUACAGCACAGACUGGACUUCUCCUGCAGCUCCACUCUGGACCUUACAGCACCGACAAACACACUGACUCUGAGCACUGAGGACUGCAGAGUCAUCUCAAUGACCAUCCAGAGAGCUCAGACAAACACAGAGCUCCUUCUGCAGGACUGUGAGAUGGAGGAGGCUGGAGUAGAGCAGCUCUACACCAUUUUACACUCAGUCAGGCUAAACUGCAGUAAAGCUCUGCUGCUUCAGUUUCUGUCUCUUGUCCAUGUGGGGCUGGACUGUGUGAGGCGUGCUAUGGCUCUGCAUCGGGCUCUGGGUGAGGAAUUGGACCUCAGUCAGACAAAGCUGGACCUGCAGGCUUGUAGGUCACUGGCGCUGUUUCUGGAACAUUCUGAAGGACUUUCAGAACUGGACCUCAGUCACUGCCAGCUCACUGACCACUGCCUGGAGCUGCUGCUUCCACACCUGCACAAAACCCACAUCCUGGAUUUAAGCAAUAAUGACAUCACUGACUGGAAAGCCAGGGACAUUCUCUCUUUAAACAGCAAUGUGAAGACCGUAAGGCUGUUCAACAACAGAAUUACAGAGAAGCAGCUCUUCAUGUCAGACCGGCGCUUUGAGAUCUGGAGAAGCUGAUGGUCAUAAUGAGAGACUCUUUAUUAAUCUCUAUUAAUCAGAUCCAGAUUCUGACUCUGGGUGCUUAAUGCACAUCUUAUGAAUUUCCUGCUAAACAUCUUUCCUUUUUCUGACUUCUGGUGGUUUUCAGAAGUCUUCAUUCAAACAUUUAAGUCCAGACUGAAACCUCUUAAAUAGUUUUUCUCUUCAGGUAAAGAAGCACAUCUGCACACAGCAGGUUUACAGCCUAGGCUAAAAGCCUGAGAUUGUGUCCUGAGUUCCAAACACAGAGAGGAAGGCUUUUCCAUGGCUCAGGGGCUUUGUAUGAAAAGCUCUUCUCCCCUCUAGUAAUUUCAUUACACCAGGUCCUGAAUUGUGUGGGUUGUGAUAAAAAGAGGUGUGGUGGAUCCUAAUUUGCUGUGAAUUUACUCAGAUUGAGAGAUAAGGUCAUUUAACUGUAUAGGUUAGUUGUGCUGCGUCAGCAUAGCAGUGGAAGCAAAUAACAUUUAACUAUAUUCAGCAACAAUGUGUGGAAAGUAGAAGAACAGAGUCUUGUGGGACGCCAUGUGUUUCUUAUGUAAGGGACAUUGACUGUUUAUAUCCAGCAGUCAGUCAAGAUCUGAAUGGAUGACUCAACAAGACUGUCCACCCUGUCAAAUGCUGCACACAGAUCAAGUAGCACAAAGACAGAGUUGGAGGACAGCAACAAAUCAUUCACUGUGCUCAGGACUGCUCUCCAUGUACCUUAAGUGUUUCCGUAGACCUAAAUCCUAAAUGAAUAUUUCAUUCACGGAUUUAACCGGAUUACGGUUAAAGGUUCCUGAUGGUCUGUAUUUUUGUAAGAACUGAAUCAAGUAAGCAGGUACGUGGUUUUAAAGAGAACUUCAGCAAAGUUGAAUCAGUCUGCUUCAGUCACUUCAGUGAUGUGAGUGAAGUGGGCUGUGUUCAAAUGCUUGUGGGAGGUAGCAGGUUAGAUGAUUUUCUAUCUAAUGUCUCUGCAGAUUAUAACAGACACGCCGACCUGUUCUAACAGUGCAGGUAAUCAUUUUGGUCACACAGAUUUUGAUGUUUUGUUCAUUUCUGGUUUUAUAUGUGCUAUUUAAAUAUAUUUUGAUGGCCGUUCUUCUUGUUGUAGGCCCUGAUGGUACGCCAAGGAACUGUCAUUUAUGCUUUCAGGCUUUGAUUCAAUUGGUUUACAAAGUGCUUUACAUUAUGCAGCUGCAGUGACGGCUUUUCUGGAAUGAUUUGGGAUUAAGUGUCGUGUUCAACGUUACAGUUUUGGAACUGGCCAAAAUGUGGGAUCAAACCCAUGAACUCCUGUACUAUAGACAAUAUUCUGACCACUGAGUAUCCACCAGUCUACUCUCUGCCUCGGUCUCAGUGGAAAGAUUCUGCCUCAUCCCAUACGUCAGAUUUAUUCCUCAUUCUGUUCUUCAGUCAAAGACGGUGCGUUUUUACAUUUGAUUGAAGUUCCUAUGAUUGUGUCUUGAGAAUAUUUCAGACAUUUAAUAGAACUUGUGCCUUUUUUAUUUGUCUGUGUGAUGAAGUAGGAACUGCACAAUGACCUUCAUGUAUUCAUUGUCAGAUGUUUAGUAGCUGAUAGUAGCUGCAAAUAAUGGUAUUUAUCAGACUUGAUCCAGGUACCAAGGGUUUUUACUCAACUGGGAAAGUCUGCUUUUAGUUACAGCACCAGUGAGCUGGAACUUAAUACGGGACACACUAAAGCUCAGCUCGCUGGCGUCACUUGGUCAUUUUACACUUCUACUCACUAACCACCUCCCUUCUGCCUGCAACUGUUUUACCUGGUUUUUUACCAUUUUUGUUAUUUUCAUUACUUUAUUAUCUAUUUGUUGUUUUA